CAUCGAAAUCAUAUUCAACUACUCUUCUUUCCACUUUCCUCCGCCUCGCCAUCCGCUCCCCGACUCCCUUCCCCUUCUCUUCUCCCUUUUCCCCUCCGAUUCGCCGUCGCUCUACCCCGAUGGAUCGCCGAAUCGUUCCUCCUAGUAGUGACGCCCACGUUUCGCUGCCGAUGGAGUCUCGGUCGAUGUCCGGUGAGAUCCACGUGAUCCUUGGCCCCAUGUUCGCUGGAAAGACCACCGCUCUCCUCCGCCGGAUCCAGAUCGAAAUGAACAAUGGAAGCAGAUCCGUGGCGAUGAUUAAAUCCGACAAAGAUCACAGGUAUGGACUGGAUUCUGUAGUGACGCACGAUGGGGUGAAGAUGCCAUGCUUUGCGGUGUCGGAGCUUUUGUCAUUCCGAGAUAAAUUAGGCGCUGAAGCAUACAAUAAGUUGGAUGUGAUAGGAAUUGAUGAAGCGCAAUUCUUCGAAGACCUUUACGACUUCUGCUGCAAUGCAGCAGAUUGCGAUGGGAAGACUGUUGUCGUUGCAGGUCUGGAUGGCGACUACUUAAGGAAGAGAUUUGGCUCGGUGCUUGAUGUUGUUCCACUAGCUGACUCGGUGAUGAAGCUCACGGCACGGUGUGAGAUUUGUGACAACACUAUGUGGACGGAGGUUGUUGAUAAAGCUUCAAGGACUGCAUCGACUAUCCUGAUGAGUUCAACCGGGGUUUGAAGUCCGAAAUAACUUAUUUACGUUGUUACACUUGAUCAUUCGGUAUACUUAGAAUCCUUCUGUUUGUUUCCUGUCCUAUCUGUGACUGCUAAAUUUCCAUAUAUAUAUAU